UUGUCCCUUUCCGGUACCCGUAGCGGCUUCCACUCGUGGUGGAAAGAGGCGAACAUGGCGGCGGCGGCGGAGUCCGGAGAAAAAGAGGCGGCGGAGGGAUUAACCCGCAGCCCGGAGCAGCGUUCGAGCCCAGGUGAGAUGCGUGAUCCUGAGAGGAGCCGGAGUGCCGGAUCGUCAGAUGAGGGAGACAGUGAUGGAGAUGAUCGGAAGAGAGCUGCAGAGAGGGACAGUCGUCCUCCUGCAGAGAGAGGAGCAGAUGAGGAAGAGGAACCUGGUGAAGCUUCUUCUAGAGAGGAGAGUCCAGAGAAAACCUCCAGACCAGCGUCCGGCGCCGAGUCCGGAGGAUCCGACAGCGACAGCAGUGAGGAGGACAGUGAUGACGGAGCCAAACGCAGGAUGAGGAGCAGCGUCGCUCAUAUCCGGCGCGGAUCCCAGAACGAGAGCAGCAGACCCAGACCAAGGAGUUCCUCCACAGACAGGGAUGGGGGUGGGAGGUCCCGCUCUCGAUCCAGAUCCAGAUCUCCACGCAGUUACUCAGACAGAGGGCGCUGGUCUCGGGAUCGGGACCGGGGUCGGGAUCGAGGGGAGCGGCGGUACAGUCGGGAGCGGGACGAGCGGCGGUCGGAUCGGGACCGACUCCGGAGGGGCAGGACGUCCCCCCCGACCCAGACGGAGCCCCCUGCGGAGGAACCGCCGCUGAAGAGGAGGAAAGAGGAGCUGGACCCCAUCCUGACCCGAACCGGAGGAGCUUAUAUCCCCCCCGCCAAACUCCGCAUGAUGCAGGCCCAGAUCACCGACAAGAGCAGUCUGGCGUAUCAGAGGAUGAGCUGGGAGGCUCUGAAGAAAUCCAUUAACGGUUUAAUCAACAAGGUGAACGUCUCCAACAUCGCCAACAUCAUCCAGGAGCUGCUGCAGGAGAACAUUGUGAGGGGCAGGGGUCUGUUAGCGAGGUCUGUUCUUCAGGCUCAGAGCGCCUCCCCCAUCUUCACCCACGUUUACGGCGCUGUCGUCGCCAUCAUCAACUCCAAGUUCCCUCAGAUCGGAGAACUCAUCCUGAAGAGGCUCAUCCUCAACUUCCGCAAGGGCUACAGGAGAAACGACAAGCAACAGUGUCUCACAGCCUCCAAGUUCGUGGCUCAUCUCAUCAAUCAGAACGUGGCUCAUGAGGUUCUGUGUUUGGAGAUGUUGACUCUGCUGCUGGAGCGUCCCACUGACGACAGUGUGGAAGUGUCUAUAAGCUUCCUGAAAGAGUGCGGCCUCAAACUCACCGAGAUCUCCCCCCGCGGCAUCAACGCGAUUUUCGAGCGUCUGAGGAACAUCCUGCACGAGUCGGAGAUAGAUAAGCGAGUGCAGUACAUGAUCGAGGUGAUGUUCGCCAUCAGGAAGGACGGAUUUAAAGAUCACCCCAUCAUCCCCGACGGUCUGGAUCUGGUGGAGGAGGAGGACCAGUUCACCCACAUGCUCCCGUUAGAGGACGAGUACAACACGGAGGACAUCCUGAACGUCUUCAAGCUGGAUCCGGACUUCCUGGAGAACGAGGAGAAAUACAAGACCAUUAAAAAGGAGAUUCUGGACGAGGGCAGCAGUGACUCUGGUGAGGAUGAUGAUGAUGCAGAAGGCAGUGAUGAAGAGGAGAAGGAGGAAGGUGAAGGAGGAGAAGCUGGUGAAGGAGAGGAGAAGGUCACUAUAUUUGAUCAGACCGAGGUGAACCUGGUCGCUUUCCGACGCACCAUUUACCUGGCCAUCCAGUCCAGCUUGGAUUUCGAGGAAUGCGCCCACAAGCUAAUCAAAAUGGACUUUCCUGACAGCCAGACGAAGGAGCUGUGCAACAUGAUUCUGGACUGCUGUGCUCAGCAGAGAACCUACGAGAAGUUCUUCGGUCUGCUGGCCGGGAGGUUCUGUCUGCUGAAGAAAGAGUACAUGGAGAGUUUUGAGGCCAUCUUCCAGGAGCAGUACGAGACCAUCCACAGACUGGAGACCAACAAGCUGAGGAACGUCGCCCGGAUGUUCGCCCACCUCCUCUACACCGACUCUGUCCCCUGGAGCGUGCUGGAGUGCAUAAAAAUGAGCGAGGAGACGACCACGUCCUCCAGCCGCAUCUUCGUCAAGAUCCUCUUCCAGGAGCUCUGCGCCUACAUGGGGCUGCCGAGACUGAACGAGCGACUGAAGGACAUGACUCUGCAGCCUUUCUUUGAGGGUCUGUUUCCACGUGAUAAUCCGAGAAACACCAGAUUCGCCAUCAACUUCUUCACCUCCAUCGGUCUCGGCGGCCUGACGGAUGAACUGAGAGAACACCUGAAAAACGCUCCUAAGAUGAUCAUGACGCAGAAGCAGGAUGUGGAAUCGUCCGACGACUCCUCUUCCUCCUCUUCCUCGUCCUCAGACUCGUCCUCCGACAGCGACAGCUCGGACAGUGAGAGCGACUCCUCCAGCGACUCUAAUGACUCCUCCAGCAGCUCCAACUCAGACGCGGAUCAAAAACAUAAGAAGAAGACAUCCCAGCGAGAGAAGAAGAAGAAAGAGAAGAGCUCUAAGCACAAACCUGCUGUGGAGGCGCGACCCAACCGGAGACGCGACAGAGACGACAGCAGCAGCAGCAUCGAGGAGCGUGAAGUUCCUGAAGAACGCCACAGAGGAGCUCAGCGUCACCGGAGAGAUGACAAGUCCAGAAAAGACUCUCCUAAUCCAAGAGAACGGACGAGAAAUGAGGCGCCUGAUCCGAGACGGCGUAGAGGAAGUGCAUCACCUAAUCCUCGAAAGAGUAGAAGCAUUUCACCCGGUCCGCAAGAUCGAGAACGUGCACGGAAACAUUCGCCCAACCAACGAGAUCGCAGAAGUGAAUCUCCAGAUCUGAAAGGACGUAGGAGAGGUGGUUCACCCAAACCAAGAGAGCGUAGAAAAGGUGGUUCGCCCGAUCCGAAGGAACGUAAAAGAAACGUUUCUCCUGAUCUGAAGGAACGUAGAACAAACGAUUCACCCAAUCAUAAGGGACGGAGAAGAAACGGUUCACCAGAUCCGAAAGAACGUAGAAGAAACGAUUCACCUGAUCCAAAAGAACGUAGAAGAAGCAGUUCGUCCAGUCCAGCAGUACGUGGAAGAGGUGGGUCACCAAAUCCAAGAGAUCGCAGAAAAGGUGGUUCACCCAAUACUAAAGAACGUAGAAAGCCCUCACCAAGUCCUGCAGGACGUAGCCGAAGUGGUUCUCCUAAUCCAAACGGACGUAGAAGAAAUCGUUCGCCCAGUCCAAACCCAAGAGAACGUAGAAAUGCUUCACCAAGUCCUGUAGGACGUAAAAGAGUUGGUUCUCCCAACCCAAGAGAUCGUAGACAAAGCAGUUCACCUAAUCCUGUUGGACGUAAGAGAGGAGGUUCUCCGAACCCAAGAGAACGCAGAAAUGCUUCCCCAAGUCCAGUAGUACGUAGAAGAGGUGGUUCACCCAAUCCAAAGGAACGUAGAAGAAGCAGUUCACCCAGUCCCGUAGGACGUAAUAAAAGAGUUGGCUCUCCGAACCCGAAAGAACGAAGAAAUGCUUCACCGAGUCCUGUAGAACGUAGAAGAGGAGGUUCUCCAAACCCAAGAGAACGUAGAAGAAGCAGUUCACCCAGUCCCAUAGGACGUAAUAAAAGAAUUGGUUCUCCGAACCCAAGAGAACGUAGAAAUGCUUCCCCGAGUCCAGUAGGACGUAGAAGAAGCAGAUCACCCAGCCCAAAGGAACGUGGUAGAAAAGAUUCCCCGAAUCCACGAGAACGGCGAGAGCCGGAACGCGGCGGUUACAAGGACCAACAGCACCAGAGGCACGAGGACGAAGACUCCCGGAGAGGCAGCAAAAACAGCUCGCAGGCGGAGCGCGAGAGGGAGCGACGGCGCCGCAGCAGAGAGAGGUCAAAGUCGCGCGAGAGGAGCCGCAAGGAGACGGACUCCAGAGACUCGUACAGGAACGGCGUGGAGAGAGAGGACAAGGAGAACCGGUACCGAGAGUCCAGAAGGAGGGAGGAGAACUCGCCCAGGAGACGUAGAUAACAAGAUAAUCACAAGAUAAUGAGAUAACGAGAUAAUGUGCGAGUUAACGACUUACAGAACCAGAACCCAACGGACAGAAAUCUGAGAUAUCGUAGUGAAUCUUCAGUGUGGCUUUCAGCAGAACCGCGCUCGCUUUCGCCGGCUGUACAGAAAAAACAUGCAGGCCUGAGGAACUGAUCUCUGGGGGGUUGGGGCGGUAUUGAGGGUGGUUGCAGAGCAGGAGGGGGCGUGACCAAUAUUAGCAACGUGUUAAUGUGCUAUUUGCAUAUUCGUUAGUGGUGUCGCACGCUAAUGCGCUAAACGAAUUCCCUGGAAGUUUUUAAUUUGCAUUGAAGCGUUUGCAGGAGGAAUCUGUGACUGUUUGUAUCUUUAAGGGUUAUUUUGUAUUCGUAAGGUUUCCAAGGUUUCCUCAAGAUGUGUUUUUUGGUCUUUAUAAAUGAAAAUUAAAACAGUUGAUUAUUAAACAAAA